AUGAGGAUUCAUUCGGCAUUUGCUGCCGUAAGUGGCAUGUACCUAGCGGCGCAUGACCCAAACUACGUCAAGCAAAAUCACCGUAUUAGGCUUCCGUCGCAAUAUGCGUUCCUAGUCAGUAGAUUCGAUUGCAUAGCAGAGAGGUCGUUAUUUCGUAAAGGGAGCACCGACCGUCUGCACGGCAAUGCAGACCUCGAAACAUCAAGCGAUUACAACUGCGAAUCAAUAGGCAGUGACGAUUCCACACAUGGAUCGCAUUUCCAACCACGUAGAGUGACAUGUGCCACCUUGGCCCGUGAAAGGCGUCCUGGAGGCGACUCACCCACGGAAGCAUUGAUCAAAAGUAGUGGAUGUGGGCCUAAAACGCGACUAGGAAGAUUGUGUUCAAGUGAAGAUACCCCAAGUCUGUAUAAACUGGUUGCUUGGGUUAAAAAAAUUGUCGUCAAUCGCAACAAGACAGCAGCAUACCUAGAGGUGGUAGACGGGACUGCGCCAAUGCAUGUGGAAGUGGUGAUCCGAGAUACUCACCCCAGUUACCCUGCUGUUUCAGAAAUAAAUAUUGGAGACGCCAUCACUAUAGUGGGUACCCUAGAAGGAAAACGUUCCGGAUCGGAUGGGGGUAAUACGUCCGUGCAGUUGGUGGUUACCAACGAGGCACGGGGACAUAUGUUCACGCACCACCCAAACGAGAGAACUGAAGAAGAAACCAACCCUGUAGCACUCAACGGCAAUUAUCCGUUAACAUAUCUACGUGAACACUGCAAUUUCAGAGUUAGGAACCCCUUAAUACAGGCUAUUUUUAGGAUCAGGGCGAAGGCCACUGAAAGGCUUUUCAGUAUCCUACCGGAUAUGGGAUUCGUUCACGUCACAGCGCCAUGUCUAACUACUAUGAACUGUGAGGGCAUGGGUGAAAUUUUCAAGGUGGUUCCGCCGAACAUCGAAGAGCUCCAACAGGUAUUGCAUCCAUCUGCAAUAAGACACCGUAUGCAGGGUCCAAGCACAUUCCUAAGUGUAUCUGGGCAACUUGAACUGGAAGCGCUAUGUUCUGGAAUUAGCAGAGUGUGGAAGCUUGGUCCCGCCUUCCGGGCGGAUAGGUCCGACACCCCUCGACAUCUGUCCGAGUUCUGGAUGCUGGAAGCAGAAAUGAACGACGUAACACUAUCGGAACUCACUGAUGUCAUCCAUACGAUAGUUAAAAGGACUGGGAGCGCACUGCUGGCUGAAUGCAAAGAUGAUCUGGCUGUUAUUAGCCAACAUGGGGAAGGGAACGUUAUAAAGAGACUGGAAGAUCUGCAUUCCUCGGAGUUGAAAACUGUGACAUAUUCCGACGCGGUCAAGAUUUUGAGUGAACACAAGUUGACUGACCCUGAUUGCGAAUUCGAAGAAAUAAAUUGGGGUGAACCGCUGAGUGCAGCGCAUGAACGUGGAUUGCUCAAGCUGUUAGAUCACCAGUUGAUUGCCGUGACUCAGUACCCAGCCGCCAUAAUGCCAUUUUAUAUGGAGAGAUUGUCCGAUGGGACGGUAAAUAAUGUAGACAUUAUCGCAAACGGGGUUGGGGAAAUUGCGGGAGGUUCUAUCAGGGAGGUACAAUACGACACUUUAAAAAGGGCGAUGCAAGAACAUAAUAUUGUAGGUUACGAAUACGAUCAGUUAGUUUGA